AUGGAGGAUUCAGAAACUCGCACGUCAACUUCGCAAACAUGUACUCACAAACAUGGGCCAGGAAUUCGUUUAGCUGCGCUCGUGUUAUUACUUGUUGCCAGCCAGCAGUCUGCUGGGGUCCGGGCAGUCAGCCGGCUAAGCCGAAAGCUUACGACGGCGGUGCCGGUGGGGAUUGGUCCCAAUUCGAACGUUUAUCGCAAAGCCGAAGCGUACCUGGACGGCUUGUUCGCUGACUACGGGACGGCAAAGGCGACGCUUGGCGCCGAAAACUUCAAGAAGAGCAACGUUCUUGUCGUUUAUGUGUGCUAUGACCGUGCCAACCUAAUUCGGUCUACUCUGACUUCGUUGCUGAUGAGCCAGGGCCUGGAGGAAUACGACCUGAUGAUUUCGCAGGAUGGCCUUGGGGGCCCUGGGACUCCGUAUGUCCUCGAUGUCGAGGUCCAGGAGACGCUUAACGCCUUAUACGUCCAUCAUGAAGUCAAUCUCUGCACAGGCCUUCACCACUACUUUGUUAAGAGAUUUGCGUUUGACAUCAUGGGUUACGAAUAUCUGCUUGUUGUUGAGGAGGACAACGCGCUGCACUACCAGGCGCUGCAGAAGCGCCUGCGCUACCUUGCACAUCUGAUUUGCACGCAGUUCCUGAAAAGCAUGUUGGAUUUGUCGCUGGAGGAGAAGGAAAUCGGGCUUGUCAGCCUCACCGAAUUGGAUAACUCACUGCUCGUGGACGAGUCCCGAUACAACAGUGCCGUCCUGCGUGCUGCUGUUCAGGAUGGUCACCUUUGGGUGUUUGGGGUCCACAAGUCGCGGUACGAUGCAGUUAGCAAGCACCUGUACGACUACUACAAGGUCAUCAAAGGGCACGACUACUCUCUUGCGCAUGCUCCACCACUGCACGACGCGAUUCGCGCCCUGCAUAAGGAAAAGGGUUUCCCGGAGGGCAUUCCCCUGUCUCAAGACGCGUUCUUCGUGCACAGCCUUCUGAUGGAGGGUUACAGCAGGCGCUACCUUUCACUCGUGCGCCUGACACAGCCCAUGGGCUGGAUGGGUCUGCAUCUCAAGCAGGACCCAGCCCAAUUUUAUAUGAAGUAUGGUCAAGGCAUGUAUGAAGGUACCAUUGCGGCUAAGGCGUUUGAGGUUGCCAAAAAUCCGGAGGAGCUCGAAGAGCUAAAGAAGGACGCAGCCGCGCGCCUGGACGUAAUCUACCAGCAAUAUCUUGGCCGUGCAGUUGAGCUUCCGACGUCUGACAGCGUUGUGCUACGCCUUGUGGUUGGCAGGAUGAAUGGAGUGGAACUGGUGCGCGACAUUUUGAACUCUGCAGAACAUCGUCGCCGGAUGAAGGUGAUGGUGGGGACCCGAGGGAGGAGGCCGAAACGACAGCAACCAGAAGCGCCCAGCCCCGCCAUUGGCUAA